CUCUGUUAUCUUCUUAUCGAUCUUUCUUCUUAGAUCAAGUAAGCGUUGAGUGGACAGAUCCGGAUUGAUUAGUUGACAUGGGGGAAGUAGCAGGUUUCGAUGAAAGCCCGGUUGAGGUUGAGGAGAACAUGGGAGCGUUUCUUAUUGCAGCAAACGUUCUUAAAGUCCAACCUUUCAAGCUCCCCCCGGUUGGUCCUCUUGAGGUCCGACUGAGAAUGAAGGCUGUGGGCAUCUGCGCAACUGACGUUCACUACCUAAAGGAAAUGGAAGUUGCAGGAAAAGUGGUGAAGGAGCCACUCGUAAUCGGGCAUGAGUGCGCCGGAAUUGUGGAAGAAGUGGGCAGCGAGGUGAAGAACGUAGCGGUGGGAGACCGGGUGGCCGUAGAGCCAGGCGUCAGCUGCUGGAGAUGCGAUCUCUGCAAGAAUGGCAGAUACAAUCUGUGCCCUGAUGUUAAGUUCUUGGCAACACCUCCUUAUCAUGGUGGUCUAGCUCAUCAGAUUGUUCAUCCUGCUGAUCUAUGUUUCAAGAUCCCUGAUAAUGUGACUUUGGAGGAAGGAGCAAUGAUCGAACCACUGAGUGUGAGCAUACAUGCUUGCCUGCGGGCGGUGGCCGGGCCGGAUACCAAUGUUCUGAUAGUGGGUGCAGGCCCACUUGGGCUUAUGACCAUGAUCACGGCUCGAGCCUUCGGCUCCCCAAAGAUUGUGAUCGUGGAUGUUGAUGAACAGCGGCUUGCUUUUGCUGAAUCCCUUGGCGCAGACAAAUGCGUCAAGGUUUCUGCAGAUGUGAAGGACAUGGCCGAAGAAGUGGUUGAGAUGCAGAAAGCAAUGGGUGGUCCGAUUGAUAUCACCUUUGAAUGUGUUGGCUUUAGCAAGACCAUGUCGACUGCUCUUAAGGCAACCCGGUCGGGUGGUAAAGUUUGCCUCCUGGGCUUGGGCCACAGCCAGUUGACUGUACCUCUCACCGCUGCUGCAGCAAGGGAAGUGGACGUUCUGGGAGUCUUCCGAUUCAAGAACACUUACCCACUCUGUGCCGAGUUCAUGGGAAGUGGAAAGAUUGAUGUGAAGCCACUCAUCACCCACAGAUUUGGGUUUUCACAGGAGGAGAUUGAGAAAGCCUUUGAGGUCAGUGCUCAAGGAGGGAAUGCCAUCAAGGUGAUGUUCAAUCUCUAGAAGAGCCAGCAAUGAUCUGCAGUAUAAAGCUAGCAUCUGAUCUGACAUGCAUACAAUAUAGCUUUAUGAAGGCGAAUCAGAACAACAAAAUUUCCGAUUCUAUUACUGAAUAACGAUGGCUACCGCCAUCUUCGUCGUGUAUUAAUCGUAUGGUUCAUCGUCGAGAGGCGCUCUUGAGGUUAGCUUUCAUCUGUUUUCUUGUUCUCAUGUAAGAAAACUUGUGAAGUUUAUCCUCAUGAGUUUCUAUGGCUGUAUCAACGUGAUUUGUGGUCCAUCUGUAUUCUGUAAUUCUUUUCAUUUCAUAUUCUGUAAUUCUUUACAGUACAUAUUCAGUAUCUUGAUGUGAGCGUA